AUGUACACAUUUGAAAGAAUCGCCUUGUACCAGCAGUCAGUUUAGUGUAGCUACAGAGAUAGAAAUAAUACAAAAAAGUCAUCAGCAGUUUUGCUGAUAAAUAGGUAGGGUAGCAAUUUUGGAGUGCCGAUCGGUUUUGUUUUCGAAAUGUCUCGUGGUCCGGGUCCGAUACCUAACCGAUGGCUCUAUUGUCCUCGUAAAUCGGAGACGCUGAUCGCCGAAAAAUUUCUCGCUUUCAAAACGCCACUCAAGCAAGAGUUUGAAUCUCAAAUGCCAAUCGAUUGUUUGUUUGACCCAGAAAUGCUUUUCAGCGUAAUGAAGACGUAUAAGGUUAAAAUUGGAUUGUGGAUUGAUCUUACCAACACGAAACGUUUCUAUGAUCGGGCUGACAUCGAAGACCACGGUUGCCAGUACGUGAAAUUGCAAUGUCGUGGCCACGGCGAGACUCCCACACGAGAACAAACGAAUGCAUUUAUUGAAAUCGUGGACGAGUUUAGUAGAGAUCAUCCAUUGGAUGCGGUUGGGGUCCACUGUACUCAUGGCUUCAACCGCACAGGUUUUCUUAUUGUCUCGUACAUGGUCGAAAGACAAGACUGUGCCGUCGAGGCUGCUGUGGCAGCAUUUGCCAUUGCUCGAUCUCCUGGAAUUUACAAACAAGAUUACUUAUUGGAGCUGUUCCGGCGUUAUGGCGAUGAGGAAGAUACACCGCCAGCACCACCGCUUCCUGACUGGUGCCACGACGAUACCCCAGGCAAUGGUAAUGCUUCUACGGCGGAUGAUCCAUCCAAUAGAUGUAAUCUAAACGAUGAUGAGGAUAAUGAAGAUUACAACCAUCCAUCUGGAGUGAAACGUGAACUUGAAGGGGAAUGCAGUAAUUCCGAUAGGCCUAGCAAAAGGAAAAAAUCCAGAAGAGAAUUCGUUAAGAAAAAUGCGAAGUUCAUGGACGGCGUCCCUGGCGUAACAGUUGUUUCGGAUCUGUCACGUCUCGGUCAAUUACAACAACUUGCCCAAGAUAUGUGCGGCUGGGAAUCUGCAGGAUUUCCAGGUAGCCAGCCCGUGUCCAUGGACAACACGAAUCUUAGUUUAUUGCAGGAAAAGCCAUAUAGAGUAUCAUGGAAAGCGGAUGGCACACGUUACAUGAUGCUGAUUGUGAAAAAGGAUGAAGUCUAUUUCUUGGAUCGUGAUAACUCAUGUUUUGCUGUCUCAGGCAUCAGUUUCCCGCACUACACAAAUCUCCAUAAUCAUAUAACUAACACUUUACUAGAUGGGGAAAUGGUCAUCGAUAAAGUGGGAGGUGUUAACAGGCCACGGUAUUUGGCGUACGAUAUAAUUCGAUACGAUAACCAGGAUGUGAGUCAAAAACCGUUCUAUCCUAACCGUCUUACGUAUAUCGAACAACGAAUUAUAGCACCCCGAACAGAAGCGAUGAAACGCGGUUUAAUUGACCAGUCUCGUCAGCCAUUUAGCAUAAGAAAUAAGGAGUUCUGGGACAUAACCCAAGCAAAGGCGUUGCUCGGACCAAAAUUCGCUAAGGCUCUUUCCCAUGAUCCAGAUGGAUUGAUAUUCCAACCUGCGAAAGAGCCAUAUGUUGCCGGGGCGUGUCCAGCAGUGCUCAAAUGGAAGCCUCCCUCUUUGAAUUCUGUGGAUUUUAAACUUAGAAUAGUUGUAGAAACUGGCGAAGGGGUUUUACCUAAAAAAAUCGGUUGUUUGUACGUAGGUGGAUUCGAACGUCCAUUUUCAAAUAUUAAGCUCAACAAAGAACUAAGGGAGCUGGAUAACAAAAUUAUUGAAUGUAAAUUUGAAAACAACGCAUGGGUGUUCAUGCGGGAAAGAACAGAUAAAUCCUUUCCCAACAGCUAUAACACAGCAAGAAGCGUUUGUCAAAGUAUUCAAUACCCCGUAACAACGGAUAUCUUGUUGAAUUACAUUGAGAGAAAGAGAUACAAGCCUCCCCCGCAGGUUACGUCUCGACGUAACGACUUGACGCAAUAAUAUUCGAUAACUUUAUCCAAAAUAAAAACUUAUAAAUCAUAA